AUGGCGGAACUUCGCGUCCUUGGAUACACAACCCUCAUCGCAGGAGUCCAGCUUGUGCUCGAGUGGAAAUUUGGUCCAGGAAUCCCCGUACGCUUCUUUCGCAAAUCCACAUUUGAACGACCCGCGGUUACUUUCGAAAUCCCAAAUCCCAUCGAUGUGGCUUUGAAGGAUGAAAUCCACAGCUCCGUUGACGAACACGAUAGCCUCAUGUGCCUCAUUUUCUUUGGUAUCCUCGCUACCGUAUUUUUGGUUGGCAUCAUGAUCGUACGCCAUUCCACAUUUGACGAUUGGCUUGACAUAACAGUGGACCGCUACGAGGACGACAAGACGAAGCCACCAAUGAGAAAUGGAUCUCGGAAAUCCAGACAGGGUCUGGCCAGUUUGCAGCGACAUAUCUCUCGUCUGGAACAACAAGUGGCGGCGGACAAGGCGACCCAGCAGGCGAGCGACCACCUAAUAUUAAAGUUGAUGAAUGGACACCUGAAGGAGCUGCAGAGACUCAAAAGCGAGAAGACCCAAUCGAUCACUGACGCUGAAGAUGCAAGGCUCGAACUCGAAACCAAGAGUCUUAACGAUGCCAACUCCCUCAAAAGCGUGAUCGAGGAGCUUGAGAACCAGGCUAAGCUUACAAGAGCGAAUGUAGAAAGCCUUGAGAGUAAAUCAAAGUCGUUUCAAGGGCUGCAGCAGCGUACUGAGAGUAUCAAGAACGACAAUCGCCGCCUCCAGACAGAGUUGGAAGGCCUCCAAAGUGAAGCACUAGCGUUUCAAGGGCUGCAGCAGCGCACUGACAGUAUCGAGAACGACAAUCGCCGCCUCCAGACAGAGUUGGAAAGCGUUCAGCAAGCCAAGGAAAACGUCGACAGAACGUCUCAAGGCCUGAAAGGCCAAGUUGAUAGUCUCGAAGGCGAGAAGUCAGCCUUAGAAGAGGCCGUGCAAGGUCUGCAAGCCGCGAACGACCGGAUUGUUCACCAAGGCGACGAGGAUUUGAGUCAGAAGCAAUUGCAGCUUGAAGAAAACGCGGCGGCAAAACUCAAAGCGGAUCGAAAGACCAUUCAAGAGUCCUAUGACCAAAUGACCAAAGAGGCACUUGACAAGGCCGAUAAACAGAUACGCGACACACGUACAAAGGCGGAUCAAGAAGUUGAGGCGAUGCAGCAGAAGGCGAAUGUCGAAUUAGGCCAGAAACUCAAGGAAGCAGACGAGAAGCACCAGGAGGAGGUGGAGACGCUCCAAGAGCAGGCGAGCCGUGAUGUCGAAGAAACCCGAAGACAAGCUGUUGAUGACAAGGAGCAGAUGCUUCGUGAUGUGCAAGCAGAAGAACGAGAGAGCAAUCGUCUGGCUGCAGAAGCCACUGACCGCAAAGUGGCAAGUAUGCGCUCACAAUUUGAGCGCGAGGCUACAAAUAUUCGCCAAGAGGCAGCAGGACAAGCCGCCGACAACGAGCGCAAGGCUAGAGAAGCCGUAGCCAGGAAGGUCACGGACGUCAAGAAGGCGGCGAAGCAAAUGGUCGAGGACGCUCAAAUUGCAGCUAACGAGAGGGUUGAAGGGGUGGAGGAGGCUGCUUAG